AUGUUCGCCUCUCUCUUCACGCUCGCUGCUCUCGCCGCCUCCGCCGUCGCCCAAAUCACCAUCAACACGCCCACCGGCGCAACCGGCGCAAUCCAGUGCCAGGUCUACCAAGUUACAUGGACCGGCGGUACCGGUCCCUUCGACGUGCGCCUCCUGGAUAGCUCGCAAAACCUCGUAGAGGAAAUUGCUUCCGCUGCGGCCAGUAGCCCGGUGCAGUGGACCGUCAACGAGCCCGCUGGCCAGACCUUCCUGUUCUCCAUUCACGACUCGACCGGCGUCAGCGCCGUCACCGGUAUGUUCCAGAUCCAGACGUCGUCCAACUCGGCUUGCUUGAGUGCUUCGUCGUCUGGCGCUGCUUCGACCGCCGCCAGCUCGUCGGCUUCUGGCGCCCCUACCUCGACCAACGCCUCUGGCUCCACCGUCACCGCAAGCACCAGCAGUUCAUCGGCGUCGGCAUCGGCAUCUAGUGCAGCUGUUUCGUCCUCCAGUUCUGCCUCGCGUCCUGUCAGCUCUGCGGCCGCAUCUGUCGCUCGUUCUGCGACCUCCGCCGCCGCUGCCGCCGCCUCCAGCCUUGCGAACUCCGCUACUUCCGCUGCAGCCGCCGCUGCGACCUCAAGUGCGGCGCUUAAGAGCGUCGCGCCCGCCAGCCUCUUCGGCGCCAUCAUUGCCGGUCUUUUCGCGCUUGCUGCGUAA